AUGUGCAAGUAUUUUGCUGCAAGUUUAGCAGGUGAAGCUUUGAAGUGGUUUGAAGGACUAUCUGUAGAAUCCAUUGGUUCGUUUCAUCACUUAAUAAAUGUCUUUUUGGGGCAAUACAUAAGUAAUAAUCUAUCCAGACCAAGAAUUGAGACAACAUUCGGACUUCGCAGAAGAAUAAAUGAGAGUUUACGUCAUUUAACGACACGUUGGAGAACCAUGUGUAGUGAAAUGGGAAAACGGGUGGAUGAGCGACAUCUUAUUAUUGCAUUCAUUAAUGCUCUCUUUGCAACCAAUCUAUUAUAUACCCAAAUCUUCAGAAUAAAGGAUACAAUAACAAUAUCGGAGCUGCGCGAAUUUCAAGAAGAAUAUAUAACACUUGAGGAAAAGCAAAGAGAUAUGGAGUCUUACCCAGUCACAAUAUCUGAUUCGAAAGGUGGAAAUACAAGUUUACUUCCGAGGUUGACAAAUGCUGUUGCGAGUACAUCGCAGGGAAAUCAAGAGAGGAAUAAUGCAGAGAUGGAACAAAAGAUGGUAGCUAUGGGAAGUGCAGAUCAAGCAGAAUUUGAUAAAGAGUACAGAAACAAGCAACUUCAAAAUCGUGGAGGUACUGAUACAAUUCAGCCAGGAAGUUCUGCAGGACAACAAACACAUUAUAACAAGAAAAAUGGAAGAAUGGUGUGGGAACAGAUAAAUUUACCAAAGUUAAAUACUACAGUGGAUAAAGUAUGGGAAGCCGCUCUCUUAAUGGAUGAUAUUCCAGAACCACAUAAUGUAGGCGAAGAGCCACCGCCAGGGAGGAGGAGCAAAGAAUUUUGUAUCUAUCAUAGAUUCCAUGGUCACACAACAAGCAACUGUAGAAAUGUGAGGAAUAUUAUAUUGCGAAUGGCUAAGAUAGUAAUCUUAGAUUGA